GUGUCCGGGUGGUCCCUCGACAUUCUCGUCGUGAUAUUCUUUCCCUUGUUCUCGAGUCAUAGGUGUCGAUUUUAAAGUGAAGAGAAUGGUGGUAGAUGGCCGUGCAGUACAGCUUGCAAUAUGGGACACAGCAGGACAAGAGCGCUUUAGAACGCUGACUCCCAGUUAUUACCGAGGAGCUCAAGGGGUUGUUCUAGUGUAUGAUGUUACAAGAAAAGACACUUUCACAGGACUAGAGAGCUGGCUGAAUGAGCUGGAAAUGUACACCACUGGAAGCAACAUUGUGAAGAUGUUAGUUGGCAAUAAAACUGAUCAGCCUGAUCGUGAAGUAGAGAGAAGAGAAGGACUCCAGUUUGCUAGGAAACACUCACUGCUUUUUAUAGAGACUAGUGCCAAGACACAGGAUGGAGUCCAACAUGCCUUUGAGGAGCUGGUAAUAAAGAUUCUGCAGACACCAGGUGUUUGGCGUAAACGUGCAGAGAAGCGGGGAGUACAGCUGAUGGAGUCUUCAACACAGCAGGAGAAAAACUUAUGUGGUGCAUACUGUCCGCUUGCUUAGAUCUACAGGUGUCUGUUCUAUCUGAACAGAAUGGACUUCUAAAAAUAUAUUAACAGAUUCAAGGCACUAGACAGUUUCUGAUUUGGAUCUACACAAUUUGUGUGGCCUGUCAAAAACAAAUUAAUUAACAAAGUACAUUUUUCGUUCAUUCAAAUACAGUUUUGCCUUUCCUUGCACACAACUGAUGUCUUCAGAUACCAAUAUAAUGAUUUUCUGGUAACUAUCAAAUUUCCUCCGAGAAGCACUAUGCUUUAUAGUGGGAGUUAAUGCUUUUGCUGUUUGACAUUUAAUAUAUGCUUGUUCUGAAAUUCCCACCUUAGCAUAAAACAAGGCAGUGUUCCACUCUGGAACUUUACUGAGAAGCUUCUCUUCCCCAGAAUGGCAUGGGAGGCUCCUAGGCGGCUAAAUCCAUGUGAAUGGAGUUGUCAGGAGUUGCUGCGAGCAAUGACAUUGUUUCCCUAUUUCAGAUGCAUUUAAGCAGUGAAAAUUGCUGUAUGUCCCCAGAGAGCAAGUUGAGUUACUACUUAAUUUCAGGGUUUUAGUGAAUAGGCAUAUUCUUAUAACAUUCUGCAGAGGAAAAAACAGAAUUGCCUGUGAAGGACGUUGUAGGUUUAUCUCUUGCUCCUCUUAAAUAACUUGUACUGAAUUUGGAGUCAUCGUUUUGGGCCAGUUUACAGUGUGGGUCCUUGCUGCCAUUAACAGAGCUCUCUGCAAACUCACAUUCCUGCCCUUGUUCAGCAGUUGCAGGACUAAAACUAGGGUUAAAAUAAAGCCUGCUGGUGAUGGAAGAUUUUCCACUAGAAAAAUUCUGUAUUGCUUGUUCCAUUAUGAAGUUCUGCUAGCUAGCUGCCUCUUACCUUUCUUCGCGCUGAACUCGCUGCAUUUUCUUGAAAACGGACUUUGAGUCAUGGAAGAUGCUAGCCUAGAGUCAGGUCUUGGAAGUCUUCUAGGAGCAUUAUUGCCAAUUGGCUGCUUGUAAUACUGUAAAAGUAUCAUAAUUUUGGGGACAACAUUAAAAAUGAACUGAAGCGUUCAUAAACAAGCAAUAGAUCUAAAGAUGCUCUUUCAUUACAGGACAUAGACUAACUUCCUUAUUCUGACUUGUCUUUCUUAGGAUAUGUAAUUUGAUGAUUCAUAGCUAUCAAAGUAAUUUAAAUUUGUAUUAGCAGUACUCUCCUGAAUAACAAGCAGUGACUUGUCAUGGGUGCUACCAAAACACAGAAGGCUUAAAACAAGGAGCAUAAACUUCUACCUCAUUUUAGAGCUUUUCUAGCUUGUUUUCCACAAAUUUGUUCUUUUUGGAGCUGCUUUCAUCUGUGAAAAGUGUGUGUGUGUGUAACUGCCGCUAGAGUACCUGAAUAGAAAUACCUGAUUCAUUGGGUUUUUACAUCCAUUUCUGUUUGUCUUGCAAUGGAUCUAAGUGGCUAUGUGGCUGCAAUAUCAUUUCUGUGCAUUUCCCUCUGCUGAAAUCUUAGUCUGAGGAAGUUGUUGGAUCUUAUAGUGGCUUUUGAUGCUCUUAGCAGCUGCCAUGGAGACAUACCUACUUACAGUCAGCUGAAAGACUGCUUCUUACAGUCUUGGUUUCAGCAUAUAAAGUGUCCCUUUGGAAUAAUGUUCAUUCACACCAGCUUUUCAGAGAAUAAAAGAGAAAGCAGUUUCUGCUGGUGUGACCUACAGCAGCUGGAUAGGCACGCUGCACGCAGCUCUCAGAGGGUAUGGAGUUUUAAGCUACUGAGCAUUCCUAUGCAAAAUGUGAGCGUGUCAUAAUACAAGAUUGUCUGGAGUCUCCUGGUAUAAAUGUGAAAAACAGAGAGCCUGGACACAAGUAAAUAAAACUAGGGAGUCAAAUUCGGAAGCUGGUAAGCCAUAGCAAUUGUAACAAAGCCAUAAAGCCAGGUAGGCAGGCCAGGAAGAAGACAGUCAUGAGAAGGCGGAGAUGACUGACUGCUGAUCAGCAGGCCAUAUAAUGGUCCUGGUGCAUUCUCUGCUCUUAGCUUGUGCUUUGUUCUCAUGACAUGUGUGACUCUUCUGCACUGACCCUGUCACAAACACAGUGAUCCGUUUCUGUGCAUCUGCUGAGGAUAAAAAGGAGAGUGAAGAGAAGACUACAUGUUCUGUUGCUGUCUGUUGAAUGUGGUCAAAACUACUUAGCUGGUUUUUGCUGCAGCAGGUAUCUGCCUACCUUAGAAGGGCAGUAUGGCCUCAUUUUUAAGCUUAUUUUUUGAGUGUUGAAACAGCUGGCUGCCCCUUUAAAAGGAACAUGAUUUUCCUUCAUAUCGUGUUUCAGUUUGCUGUGAAUGCACUCCCACUCAAUGGAUGCUCCCUCUGUGUGUGUGUGGGGGGAGGAACCCAUCUUAAUUCAUUUAUGGAUUUGUUUUGUUUAUAGUGAUAAGCAUAAUGAUUUCUGAGGGAAACAAGCUAAAUCAAUGGGUAUUUCAUUCAGUUCUGAACAUAGCCAGGUCUGAAAGUAGUAAUGUAAUAUAUUCACAAUCAUUCCUAUUAGUAACUGCAAGAAACAUCUCUAUAGAGAUCCAGAUUUACAAAAUAAAAUGUGAAAUUGAGCAUUUCUGUUCCUGUUGCAGGAUACUUAUAUGUAAUUAAAAAGGUACCUUCUGGUGGUCUAAUUUUGCCAGAGCAAUCUGUUCAUGCUCACAGAACUUUCCCAGUUGUGUGUACUGGCUUUUGAUGUCCUAGCAGGGUCAUCUGUGGUAACUCUCAGUGAUCCUGCCAGUCAGAUUUGUAAUAGGGUUUAUUUUCCUCAGUCGUGGAGGUUAGAAAGGCAAAGAUGGGCAGUGUGCAGUAUCUAGCCUAUCCUGUCAUGGCUAUCAGUUGCAAGCAAAGAGCUGCUAUAAAGGGCAAGCUGUACGCUGCUAUUUGACUAAAAAGAAUAUGUGUUUUUUUGAAUUAUAUCACCCCCACGUUUCAGUUAUUAGAUCAUAAUGAAACAUUUGUAGAGAUCUUCCGGGGAAAUGCAAGUCUUCCUUAGAGCUAGAUGUUUUAAGACCAUGUGCUAAUUAAUGUCAGUGAGCAGACUUGUGGAAUGCUGUAUAUUUUCAAAUGAAUCUGACUUCCUAAUGACGUAUGAGAUAAAACUGAUACAGGAGAUGAAGAUUUUUGGUCCAGACCCAUGCUUUUGUGAACAGAAAACCCUUAAACCAUAUGGCAGUUCACUUAUUGUGAGUUCAGGCGCAGUAUGACUUGAUUGGCAUGUAAAUAGAAAAAUGUUACUGGAAAGUAAGAUCCUGUUAUGUAGUGCUGAAAUGAGUACUCGGCUUACUGUCACCGAAUGCCUGAAACAUUGUUUCUGUUUCCACUGCGUCCAGGAAGCAAUGCAGACCUGUAGUGCUUUUCCUCAGCAAAAGCUGUUUCAUGGUACGUGGGGGAUGCUGACAAAGGAAAAGCUGGGUGAAGGGAUUUGGGGCUCAGUAGCUUCAUAAGACUUUUUUCACAUAAG